AUGGCACCCUCAGACCCCGCCACAGGUGCUGGCGUCCUCCUCGCCUUUCUUAAACCCACCUCAGCCGGAGGUAACGAAGCACAACCAGACGACAAGCUCCCCCUCUUAUCCACGGCCAUAACAGGAAAUGUUCUCGGCAUCAAAUCAGCAACGCAAUACAAAGCCGCCAAUGCAGAAUAUGACAAACAGCAUCUCUUCGUCUGCGACACAGAAGACCUAGCACGUGUGAAUAUAAAGCAGAUGUUGAAGUUUCUUGACGGCGAGAAUGUGGGUGGAGAGUGGGAUGUUAGGGCGUAUUCUGAAGUCCAGAUCUUUGGUCCGAAGAAGACUGGUGAACCUGCAAAGACUAUCAUGAUAGCACUCAUGCAACCCUCGCCUACCGGCGCCGAGGACCUGGAUGCUUGGUACCGCGAAGAGCAUAACCAGCAAACGUCUGAGCAACCAGGUUGGCUGCGCACAUGUCGGUAUUCACUUGUCAGGCAAGAAUCGGGUUCUGAAGAUGAGGAAGGGAAGGAACAAGAGUUGUCUUUCCUGGCUAUUCAUGAGUUCGGGGAGGGUGAGCAGUUGGGGGACAUGGUCAAGGCUUUUGAGCCGGUUAGUGAGUGGACGAUGAGGGUUAUGAAGGAUGCGGUGGGGAUUGAUGCGGCGAUUUAUCGGAGGAGGUGA